AUUGACAACACUAAAACCUACAGCUGCUGCUGCUACUGCAUGCAGAAAAUUUAGUUAUUUAACCAGUCGAUUUCUUAAAAGAAAACAAUGCAAAAUUGUGUUAAACUCUUACCGCUGGCACUUAAGUGCCAGCAGCGAGCGGUUAGCUCAACGGCAGCAAUGGCUGGAAAACGAAACUUUCGUAAAUUUAAUGUGUAUAGCAAGCGUGGCACACGUGUGGUAAAGGAAGCGCAGCGGACACUGGCCAAUCCUCCAGUGGCCAUUCACAAACGAGGAGUGCGCGACACGGGCAUCACACUCAAUGGCCAAUUCGUGGAGAUACCAGAGAAAAUACCCGACAUCAUUGUGCCAGACUUGACUGGCUGUAAACUGAAGCCAUAUGUGUCCUACAAGGCGCCCGAAGUAAUACAAUCGGAGUACACAAGCCUGGAUCUCUUCAAUGCCGUCUACUCGCAGAAGAUUAUUGAGGAUUUCAAGGCUGGCAAGCUGGACGCCGAUGGCAAAGCCACAGAGCCAUCACCCAACGAGCAACUGACGCCGGAGAUUGCUCUGAUGCGUGCCCGGAAAACUGGCAGUGAUAUUUUCUAAGCGACAUUUUUUUCUUAGGUUUUUAUUAAUUGUUAAUUAUAAAUAUUAAUUGCUAUUGCUGCAUGUACUUCUGGCGAUAAUUGUAGAGUUUGCGCAGCCAUUUCUCUGCCUUCAGUUCAGAAUCGCCCAAAAACUGUAAAUGGAAGAAAAACAAUGAAUAACAUUUGCUAAAUACACAAAUAAGGCAAAUAAAAUACAAAUGCAACCCA